UUUUCCGCCUGCGCUGUAUCGGUCCCGUCCCGGCUUCCCGGCCUUCGGCUUCCCCAGCCCGCUCGCGCAGCGCCCGUGCCCCGUCCCCGGUGGCCGUCCGGUCGGCCCGAACCUCCCCGGGGCCCCGAGCGAGCGAGCGCGGACCGCACGACUCUCGACGGGAUGGCGCGACCCGGCCCGGCCGGGCGGUGGGCGGCCGCCGCGGGCCGCUGGGGCUGCAGGCUGCUGGCGCUGCUGCUGCUCGUCCCGGGGCCCGGCGCCGCCUCCGAGAUCACCUUCGAGCUGCCCGACAACGCCAAGCAGUGCUUCUACGAGGACAUCACGCAGGGCACCAAGUGCACCCUCGAGUUCCAGGUGAUUACUGGUGGUCACUAUGAUGUAGACUGUCGUUUAGAAGAUCCUGAUGGUAAUGUGUUGUACAAAGAGAUGAAGAAACAGUAUGACAGCUUUACCUUCACAGCCUCCAGAAAUGGGACAUACAAAUUUUGUUUCAGCAAUGAAUUCUCUACUUUUACACACAAAACUGUGUAUUUUGAUUUUCAAGUUGGAGAAGACCCACCUUUGUUUCCUAGUGAGAACCGGGUCAGCGCUCUCACCCAGAUGGAAUCUGCCUGUGUUUCAAUUCAUGAAGCUCUGAAGUCUGUCAUCGAUUAUCAGACUCAUUUCCGUUUGAGAGAAGCUCAAGGCCGAAGCCGAGCAGAGGAUCUAAACACCAGAGUGGCCUAUUGGUCAGUGGGAGAAGCCCUCAUUCUUCUGGUCGUUAGCAUAGGGCAGGUGUUUCUUCUGAAAAGCUUUUUCUCAGAUAAAAGAACCACCACAACUCGGGUUGGAUCAUAACUCCGUCUUGAGAAUUGAUGCACCGUUGCCACUGUAGAAUUGCUGUCCUCUAAUUUUAGGUACUGAAGAACUUAAUAUUGGCAACAUUUUUAAAACCUUAUUCAUACACUUGUUGGGGGGAUGUACUGUGCCUAUCCUCAAACUGGAAAGGACACCUUUUUUUAUUGGUAAAGGUAGAAAAACUUUGAAACUUAUUUUGGGCUAUUCAUGUUAAUUAUUCAGCACCAAUGAUCUCUUCUUGGUUGUUUAUAUUGUACUCUUCACACACUAAACUAUGGUAUUUUGAUUCCUUUUAGUUAUUUUAAAGUACUUUUCUUAUAGGUAGUGGAUAUUUUAGCUGCUUUUGAUUUAAUGCCUACCUGUGUUGUGGAGGAAGAAAAUUGCCUUUUGUUUGUUUAUAGUAAAUAAAGUCUUGUUUUUAAGAAAAACCAAAUGUGAUUAACUAUAGCCCAAGCCCUACUCUGCACUGUUUUGUUUUAGGGGGUAGGGAUCUACCACGGAAAUGUUAGUCAUUAUUGAUAUAAUUUUAAAUUGAUGCAUUGUGGAUUAAUUUAUUUCAUACUAGCUUGAAAUGUUAGGUUUUUGUUUGGGGGGUUUAUUCUAUAAUUUAUAAUUAAUAGUUUGUUUUCUCAUAAGCACAUUCUUACCACACAGAAAAUUGUCUCAAUAGUAAUAGUUUAUUACAGGCCUUAAAAAUCAGACUGUUAAUAGCAGGUAGAAUAAUUAGGAAGUAAGGCACUAAAGUCGGGGGUGGAUUAAUCGGAAAAAUUGUUAGUAAAUUUGCAUAAGUAGCAUUUUUAGCUCUUUUAUAAAGAAAAAAUUAUUUAUUUUAAAAUCUAAUUGAUUUUUGCCUUUAGUGACUUUAAUAUCUUGAGUCAUUCCCAGCUGAAACUAGCAGUGUGAUAGUGGGAUCAUAAAAGUGCCAUGCUUGAUCAGUGUGAUGCUUGAUCGGAAGUUAGCUUUUUUGAUUUGGUUUGGGUUGUUGUUUGUUGUUGUUUUACCUGUAAUUUGUAGUCUCUGGUUAGCAAGCCUAAAAUGAUUUAAAAGUUGAGAAUAUUGUGUGUAUAUGUUUCUUUUCAUUUAAUAAUCUUCAUUGUACUACACUUAAUGAGUAUUAAAUAGGGCAUAUUCUGUACACUAUAGGGUAUAGGCUGUGUUUGUAUUUUGUAAUUUGUAUAGAUUGAACUGUUUGAAAUAAGCAUUUUCCCCCACUAGUAUUCUAGAAUAGAACACAAAAUGAUGCAAAAUUGUGUAAGCAUUUAAAACUCUUGCUGUUUCUAAAAAACUGCAAUUGCUUUUGCCUCUUUCCACUCGAACCCCAAACAAAGUGAAGUAUGCUGGAAAAGACUCAUAUGUUUUGACUUGGAUAUGAGGUACUAUACAGUACCGAAUGGAUAACAAUUCUAAUCACUUAACCACUAUUGAUUCUCAAUUCUAAGUUGUCUUGAAAUGCAUGCAAGGGCAAAAUUAAUUCAAAUUUUCACAUUUUUGGUUGCAUCUGAUACAUUGUAGCAAGGGAUAAAAAAUGUCUUCAACCCUUUAAUUCCAAAAGUCUUAAAGACUCAUUAGCUUAUUCCUUAAUGUUUACCAGUGGGUUAAAAUGUGACUUAAGUUUAAAAGUUUGCAGAUUCAUCUAUUUGAUUUCUUCUAGUAGGAUUGUCCUGCAACUUUAUAAGUAUCCCUGUAUGUUUAGAUUUGAAACAUUUUUAAGCACUGAUGUUAAUGUGAUUGAUAAGCAUGGACUUAUGUAAAAUGUUCUUUCCUGGUUGCUGUCUUCUAUGUGUAUUCAGAUACUAUUACUUAGUCAUCAUUAAAGCAAAGGCAGGCAUUGUUAUUGUGCUGAGUUUAGAUAGAUAAUACAGUUAUUUAAUCUCAGCCUAUCUGAACUUCUGGUACUAGAUUAUUACCAUGAAUAACUUUUGAUGAAGUUGACAUAUUAAACUUUUAAAAAAUCAACACUGUUACUGGGUAUGGAAAGUAGUAUGGACUUUGUUCAGUAUAAGUUAAUUGGUUAAAGUUUGAUGGACUUAACUGAGUAUGUAUUUAUAAAUUAGAAAAUAUAUAUUUAUCCACACAUAAAUUUAAGUAAAACUUUUCUUCUUCCUCCUAUAUAAUUUGUCGCUCAGCUUUUUUCCUUUAAAAAAUUUUUUUGACAACUUGUAGCAAAGUUGAAAUUACCAAAAUAUUUAUGUUUGGACCAAUGGCUCAGAGUACAUAUUUAAACAUUAUUAGUUGUAUAUAUAUUUAAAUAGAACAAUGGAAGGGACUUGAUAUAAAUUUUAUAGUAAAAUUUUGACCAUGUAAAGAUAUAUUUUAGGACAUACUUUGCUAAUAUGUUAAGCAUAUUUUUUUCCAGUUAAACAAUCAUUUGUAGUUGACAGUUUUCAUCCUGGCUUGAUAACUAAAUAUGUAGUACUGAAAAGCAGUUUUAUUCUUCGAAAGAUUUUAAUUAAAUCUCUGUACUGUUCAUUUUUGCUUCAUUUUUAAAUGUGUAACAUUUAUAAUUUAAUAGAACAGAAUGACCCUGUAGGUCUUGUUUUUUUAAAAGUAAUAUAUAGAGUGCAAAGGAUUUUUCAUUUAUUUUUAAAAAAGAAAUUUCUCUAAGCAGGUGUCAGUUCUGCAGAAUUGUACCGGCAAUUCUCGUAGAAUAAAAUACCGUUAAACAAACUCACUUUGUUUCUGUUAGGAUUUAAAUCUUUUAAAGGUUUUAAGGGAACUUAAAAACAUGAAGCUCAUAGUAAAGUCUUGUAACAAGAGUGAUUAUUUGACAUUUUACUGGAAUGUCAUAAGCACUGGCCAAGAAAGAAAGUUCAACAGAACCACCUCUAACUUGCUAACUUACCUCAUUUCUAGCCUUUUUGCAUUUCUCAUUAAAAGUUAGGGUGAGGGGCUAAAGAGAUUGUACCAGGCAGUAAGACAGUAAGUACCUUGCAUGUAGCCACAGGGCUUCCACUGGUUUGGAUCACUGCAUAUGGUCCCUGGACACCACCAGGGGUGACUUCUAAGCACGAAGCAAGGAAUAGCCCAAAAGCACCACUAGGUGGCCCAAACCUCCCAACAACUUCCCAAAAAAAUUUGGGGGAAAAAGAAGCCACCAGUUCCCAAGAAAACUCUUUUUAAAAAAGUAACUUAACCUUAGUUUGUAUAAUACCAAGUUUCCUCAGUGUUUUACUUUUCCAUCAUGUUGUAGUCAUAGGGAAUGUUCUGGUACCUGGGCAUACAAAAGUAGCAGAGAAAUAACCAUAAAAACUGGCUGACAUUGAAUUCUUACCCUGGGUUAAGUGCCAUGGUAAUAGGUGUUACCAUGUAUUGGCCAUCUUUGUAUUGGUCUUCUUUGCAAUAUUAUUUCAAUUUUACAGAUGAGGAAUUGAAGGCAUAGGAACUUGACCAUAUCACAGUAAUUAGUAGUGCUUAAAUAAGAGCCAGGACAGCAACUCUAAGCCCUCUCUUCACACUGUGCAGGAUUGCCUUACCAGCACCAAGGAUACAUCUCCGAAGGCUGAGAGGUUCAUUGCUUUGGCAUUGGAGUCAUGGCCAAGGUCAGAUUAUAGUUAUGCAACCUCACAAGUGAUUAGGUCUGUAUAAUUCUUUCCUCCUAUUUCUAUAAUGAGAGAAUAAUGUGAUACCUAUGGAACACUACAAUCAGUGCCUAUCACAUACAAGCACUUAAUAUAAACAGUAGCCAUAUUUUAUCAUUAGUUCAAUUCUAGUUCUUGAUUCUAAAGGUGGUCUCUUCAUAUGGGUUCUUAAGUGUGGACACAAAUAUAAAAUUGUUUGAAUGGUUAUAUACAUAAUCUGCUAAAGGUUAUAAAAAUGAAAUAAGAUAGUCUGAUCUCUAGGAAUGACUAUAAGCUACGGGUUAGCUAAACAGUAGCCAAGUUGCAUCACAUUUAGGAGCAAAUGGAUUCUAAAGGUCUAAGAUACUUAAUGGUGUUAUAGGAGGAAACAGGCAUGUGGGCUACAGACUUUCCCUGGAAAAUUUAGUUUUGCCUCCCCACUGUUGUCUAACUAUGCCAGCAUUUGAGUGGAUGAAUCCCUUGUCCAGGGAUAUUGAUAAUCCCUGUUGCUACGGAUCAAAAAACAUGUUCUUUGACUUUGUUGAUAAUAAAGAUGAUAUUUGAUGUCCUGCCUAA